ACAAAAAUUCUCACAUAUAUUUUCAAGCUGGAACACGAUACGUUAAGGAGAGACCACAGGAACUCUUCUCUCAUCGAUGGCUAAUAGAAGGACAGUCCGCGGGACGGACCGCUCUGAUCUGAAUCUGAACAAUUCGGUUGACGGGAUAGGUAUCCCGCCCAGGUUCGGCGGCUACUGGACUUUGAAAUUGAACCACCAAAACGAGCCAUUGGGAUCCGGAUCGCAAAAAACAGGCAGCUCAGGCAGUUUCAAUAGGAUCUACAACAAACUCGGCAAAAAACAAACCGCAAAUGUAGCUAGAGAGGUUGGAGGUAUAUCUACGAAGCAGAAGUAUAUCUCCUGUAGUGCCCCAGUCUACCGAGAGAAUCGGCAGAUCUAUGAGGAUGCCAGCUCACUCCAGAGCCCCUUGGUCCAGUCAUCCCGCAUGGCUUCACCAGAGCUAUCAGAAUCCUACACCUCGAACAGCAGCUUUUUGCAAAGCUUUAAUAAAUUAAGGAAUGGGACCACGAAGAAGCACUCUCCCAAAAUAAAGCCAUUCAAGAAACACUCGUACUACGACACCCCUCCCUCGGGCAGGUGGAAGAUAACUCCAAUACCUUCGCCGGUGUAUCCGCAAGAAUUUUCGAUAAAUAUUCAUUCCAGAACCAGCAGCAGCUCCUCGAAAAACUACAUGUCCAAGCUGGCCCGCCGACUAGGGUUGGCAUAUUCCCCAGAAGGGCCCUCUAAAGAGUACACUGAAUACUCCACAGGGACCUCUACAGAAGAAUCCGCAGAAGAGUCGGGAAUGUGGAAUGUCCAGCAGAAGAAGGCCUUCCUCCCAAAGUAUACCGAUUUCAGCGGUAAAUACUUCGAGGGGGACGACUCUUCCAGCAAGGACGCGGAGAAAGAGUCUUCUGAGGACACGGCAGAAAGCAUUGCGGAUAACGAGCCUUCCGAUGAUGAGGGUGAGGACGAGCGCUUCUACCGCCAGAUGUACGAACUGUGCCGGGCAGCCCACCUGCUUAUGUGCACGUACGUCCUGAAGAAGGCCAAGGAAAUGUCUCAGAGACGCAAGGCUCAGCUCUAGGAUCAUCAGAGAAUCCACCUUCAAUCUGAUCUU